CACGAAUACAAAGAGCCAUACGACCUUCGGAUGCUCCUGUUUCCUUUGGAGCCCCCUCUGUUCCUUAGCUUGGAGCUGUGGGGACUGUGCCUGGGGGCAGGAAGAAUGCCUUCCGCUCUCUGAAACUGUGUUGCUGGGGAAGGCCUUUGUAGGCCCAUCCUUUCGGGAACCAGUCAGCGUGUCUCUGGGUGUGCUGAGCGAGGGCAGCACAGGAUCUGCACAUAGAAGGCCCUCUGCUCCGCAGGCCCAGGGGAGGCAGCCAUGGACCCUGUGCUUCUUCACGGCUUGCCCACUCCUCCUUCACAGAACCCACCCCAGGGUGCCCAGGCUCCUCCGACCACCCUCCAUGAGGGAGGAAAGUGAAUCCCAAGAGGCCAACACUUCCUGCCGUCCAGUCGACUGGGGACACUUUCUGAGCAGUCCAGGAGUGUGAGCGAGGAACUUCCUGCCUUGGCCACCAUGUCCUUCAGUGCCACCAUUCUCUUCUCCCCUCCUGGUGGCAGUGGUGGAGGCGAGACCAGGUGCUGCUGCUGUGCCUGUAAGAGCGAGACUAGUGGGGGCAGCACAGGCUGUCAGGGCGGGAAUCCUCCUUCCAGCACCCCGAUCACAGUGACUGGACACGGCCUGGCCGUCCAGAGUUCAGAGCAGCUCCUGCAUAUUAUCUACCAGCGGGUGGAGAAGGCAGUGGGUCUGGCUGAGGCUGCGCUGGGGCUCGCCCGGGCCAACAACGAAUUGUUAAAACGUCUCCAGGAGGAAGUGGGUGAGCUGAGGCAGGGGAAGGUGCCGGCCCCCGAUGAAGAUGGGGAAAGCCGGCCACACGGCUCACCGCCAGAGGAGCCGGGACCCCUCAAGGAGAGCCCCGGGGAGGCCGGCAGGGCCGUGUCCACUGUGGAAGAGGAGUGUGACAGUGUGGGCAGCGGUGUGCAAGUGGUGAUCGAGGAACUGCGGCAGCUGGGAGCGGCCUCGGCCGGGGGCCCUGGGCCCUUGAGCUUCCCGGCUUCCCAGAGAGAUGUGCGGCUCCCGGGAUGCACCCUGGCUGCUGGCGAUGGGCCCCCGAUGCUCAACCCCCUGGUGGAUGAUUAUGUGGCCUCUGAGGGUGCAGUGCAGCGGGUGCUGGUCCCUGCUUACGCCAAGCAGCUUUCACCAGCCACACAACUGGCUAUCCAGAGGGCCACCUCAGAGGCAGGGCCGGAAAAUGGAAGCAAGCUGCCACCACCCCGUCCCGAAGACAUGCUCAGUGCCGCCGCGGCCCUGGAAGGUGCCUUGGAAGAGCCAGGCCCUGCAGCAACUGGGGAGCUGAGACACUCUCUAGGGUUUACCCCCUCCCCAUGCAGGACCAGAGGGAGUGGGCAGAAGAACUCCAGGCGCAAGCGGGAUCUGGUCCUCUCUAAAUUGGUCCACAAUGUGCAUAACCACAUCACCAAUGACAAGAGAUUCAAUGGGUCUGAAAGCAUCAAGUCCUCUUGGAAUAUUUCAGUAGUGAAGUUCCUUCUGGAAAAGCUCAAGCAGGAGCUGGUAACCAGUCCCCAUAAUUACACUGACAAGGAGCUGAAAGGAGCCUGUGUCGCUUACUUCCUUACUAAGAGGCGUGAGUACCGCAACUCCUUGAACCCCUUUAAAGGCCUGAAAGAAAAAGAGGAGAAGAAACUUCGAAGUCGUAGAUAUCGGCUUUUCGCCAACCGAUCCAGCAUCAUGAGGCAUUUUGGCCCUGAGGACCAGCGCCUGUGGAAGGAUGUGACAGAGGAGCUGAUGUCUGAUGAAGAGGACAGCCUUAAUGAGCCAGGUGUCUGGGUGGCCCGGCCUCCCCGUUUCCGGGCCCAGCGCCUCACGCAGCUCUGCUACCACCUGGACGCCAACUCGAAGCAUGGCACCAAAGCCAACCGAGUGUAUGGGCCUCCCUCGGACCGCUUACCUUCUGCGGAGGCCCAGCUCCUUCCACCAGAACUUUACAAUCCUAAUUUCCAAGAUGAGGAGGAUGAGGGAGGUGAUGAAAAUGGACCUGUCUCCCCAUCUUUUGACCAACCCCACAAAACCUGCUGUCCUGACUUGAACUCAUUCAUUGAAAUCAAGGUGGAAAAGGAUGAGUGAAAUCUGUACCCAAGACUAACUCUGGCAUCUGCCUCUCCCCUGUCCCUGAAACAGGUGGCCACAGGGCAUCCCAGAAUAAUGAGAUGUGUUCAGCAGUCUGAGAAAGCAAAUCUGCCUCUCUUCUUAACACGGUCUCCACUGGAAGUGGAAGCUGGCAGCUCUGUUGGGAUAAAAGGAUUUAUCUCCAAGGGGGGGAAAUUACCCCCACUGUGAAUGGCAAGCCAGAAAUGCUUAUUCCUAAGCAUGAACAGUGCCUCGGACGAGACUGGGAUGAGAAAAGGAGAAGGAUGGGUGGGUCAAAGAAACAUAAGGCCUUCUUGACAUAUG